AAUUAAGAACCAAGUGCCAACUACAAUAAACGCCAUUUGAUGAUAUAGCAGACGGUAUUAAUGUACGACUCCAAGUGACAAUUGUAAUCUUCUUCUUCUUCUCUUAUGUGUAUGUUUUCACGUCAGCUGUUGAUUUUAUGGUGGACGGUCGUCGUCAUGAAAAAACUUGAAAAAAUAAAAAACUAGAAAAAAAAUCAAAUAAAUACAACAAUUUACAAUAAAAUAUGAAUUUUAAACCCAUAAUAACUUAUACGGGUGCUGCUCCAUUAUUUAGGUCAUUGGAGGGCCAAAUAACAAAUGCUAUACCCCUGGACACUUGUGAGUGGCGUCGUACCCUACAUCGACCCACAAAACAUGUAAGACUUGAUGCCCAGUUUCAGCCGUUCAAUGAGAAACUUUUGGAAAAGUACAAAACAGGUGAAUGGAGCAUUUUGGAGCAUCCCAUACUGCAUAUUUAUGUAACGGAAUGUAAUGAUGUGGACAACUACAAAAAAACUACCCAUGAGGAAAUAGAAAAAUGGUUAAAAUUAUUGGCCAGCUAUGACAUUAGUGAUUGGAUGAUACUUCUGGUCGAGACCAUAGAUGUACGAAAGACCAAAAACUUAUUACAGCGAACAACAGUAUUGGAUAAGAUACGUUUGGAUUUUGGUGCCAAGAAUGAGGAUCGUUGUAUUUCGGUACUAAAUCCUGCCAAAUUUGAACAGAAAUCCACGGAGAGUUUCAGAUGUCUAGUGCAGCGCAUUAGGUUCCUAAUGCUGACCAGUUAUAAUCGUAACAUAGGCAAAUAUGAAGAACUUAUACGUUCAAAACGUGAAAAACGCAAUCAUGAUGGUUGGGACUUUCGUCAAUAUUUCUUUAUGCAAGAAGACUUGGCACUGGUCUUUGAAAAGUUGGAGCUACACACAGAGGCCCUGAUACAAUACGAUGAACUGGAUGCAAUUUUCUCACAGUUCAUAACAAACUCUAGUUUUGGUGAAAAACAAAAAUGGUUGGAAUAUUUCCGCAAACCACUUACGUCCUUCCACGGCAUUUGCCUUAGGCGAAAGGAUCGUUUUGAGUUGCGAGAGAAAAUUCGUAAUGAUGGCGUAUCGUUGUUGGAAUUUCGAAAUUAUUUAUUCGAACGACAAGCUUAUUUGUUGCAGCAGAGCAAUGACACUCCAUGUAUAGCAAAAAGGCUCUUAGCCUUUUUGUUUUCCACAUUGAGAGAAGUGGAAUUGGUUAAAUUGGAAUACCAGGAAGGUGCGUUGGCCUGUUGGGAGUUCGUGUGUGCCCUGGAGGUACUGCAAGUGUGUGAAAUGUCAAUGGAACCCCAAGAAGUCACCUGCUUUCAACAUUGUGCUCCUAUUUGGAAUUUGGCCAAGGAUAAGUUAUACGAAUUGGGAAAACUUUGUGGUCUUUUGCCAGGAUAUACUCCAAGCUCUGCCCAGCUACACAUUGUAGUGCAAUUGUCUGCAGGUAUUGGAGAUACCCCCAUGGAUCAGCAACAUCAAUUCUUAAAUCCCACACCUCAACAAAGAGAUCGUUCACCUGCCCGCAAACCACGAAAAUCGGCCCCAGAGCAGUUAAAGGAAGCCUUGGGUUCGAACCAGGCCUUUCAAAAACUAUAUUUGGAACUAGCUGAAUUGGCCAUUAGCACAUACAAACAUGUAUCGCGUCUCAGGUCAGCACGUUUGGUUGGCCUGGACUUGGGCAAGUUCUAUUGUGCCCUAAAUGAGCCACACAAAGCUGUGGGAUUUUUUACCGACCUGCUGCGAGAGCUUAAGGCCGAAAAUUGGCCAUCGCUCUGUUCUCAAACAUUGCUAGAACUGGCAAAUUGUUAUCGCAAAAUGGGUGAUGCCAUGGCCUACACCAAGACAUGUAGUGCCAUUUCCUGUUGUCCAGAACUGGAAACAUUGGUGCGCUCAUUUUAUUUCGAUGAAUUUCUCAAAUCUCUAAAAUCUCUCAAUUCUGCCCUCUCCGCCCAACCAUCCUUGGAAAAUGCCAAUUUUUGUGUUCUGGAAGAUCAUUUUCGCAUCAACAAUAUCCAGGUGUUGAAUCAAAAACCCAUCAUUCAAGAUGACAUAAUACGGGUCGAGGUGCAAUUCGAAAGUCUAUAUCCUCGAGAAAUUCUAGUGGACGAAAUUAAGCUGUCGUUUGAACGUUACAUAGCCCCACUGCCCAAUCAAGUGAAUACUCCAAAUGCAAUGGCCCAAAAGGCAGCUGGUUACAUCAAAGACAAUCGUAUGAAAUUCUCUCUGCUAUUGAAUCGUAAACAAGACAAUAAACUAGAUUGUGCUUCGGUGGCUUGUGACACACCGAAGCCCAAACAGCCUGUUCGAAGAACAAGUAGUACUAAACGCAAACUUUCGCCCAGUAUUCAAUCGGAUUUUAGUAAUUCAGUGACAGUGGAGAAUAUUAUUAUACAGCCAGGAGCCAAUAUAAUUGAGCUGCAAACAAAGGGUACUCGAGUGGGACAGUGGGAAUUUAAGCAGCUACGUUUACGUAUGUCUCAAUUGGAAUUUUUGUCCGAACACUUGCCUGUCAAAGUCCAGCCAUUCGACAUCACAACAAAACCGGCCACGGCCGUUCUACAUUUCAAAACUCUUAUAGCAGGCAUAGAACAACCCAUACGCUUACAUGUUUCCGGUGGUAGCUUUAUAUUUCCUCCAGAUGCCAAAAUAACACUUAAAUGCUCAAAAAACCUUCGAAUACGGAUGCUGAACCAAGUAAAGGAGGAAGAUUGUGAUACCAACAAAGAAAACCCCGAUGAAGAUACUUCGUUCGAAAGUGUGCUUCAUGUGCCUCUGACGAAUUUCAGAUCUUUCGAAGAACGUGACAUACCAUUGGAAGUGUUGACGGAUGUGCCUGGGCGCAAAUUGACCAAACACCUGGAACAUCACAUUACACUGAGUUGCCCCUGGUCGCGCAAUGAGUUACAGAUACCCAUUGAAUUCCAGCCAGCCAUAGAGGCUUCCUGUCACCUGCACACCUGUGGUACUCAGAAGUUUUUGCAAGUGAUUGUUAGGGGUUUAGAGGCGCAUCUGUAUUUGACAGAGGCACGGGUGCGAUGCGAUGUGCCUGGUGUACGUUUGAUCGAUUUGAAUCCUGCAACACAACAAAAAAUUGAGAUUUAUAAAACCCUGACCGUGUUUUUCCUUUAUGAAAUACAAGUAGAGCCUUUGGGAACGGAAUCAGAGUUCCCAGUAAUCAAAGUGCAUUUCAUGACAAAAUAUUCGAGUGUGGAGAAACCCUAUUUGCUGCGUAAUUUUGGUUGUGCUUUUGAUUUGGUCGACUAUGUGACACUGUUCAAAAUCCAAGCCCAGCUGGAACCCAAUGAGUUGUGUCGCUUGAAAUCGGUGUGCAAUUUAAAUUUGAAAAUAACCAAAAUACACGCAAAUCCCUAUAGUGAUUUAAUGUAUGAGGUGUUGUCCGAUCAAAAUUCCUGGGCGGUGUGUGGUCGAUCAUCGGGUAUCAUUUCCAUGAAAGAUGUCGAAAGUCAUUCAAUUUCUCUGGAUGUUAUGCCAUUGUGUACUGGAUUUUUGCCAAUGCCAAGCAUACGUUUGUCCAAGUACAUAGCAUGUAGCAAAACUAAAACUGAUACUCAUUCGAAAGUUUCACCAUUCCCACCGGGCCAACUAUACAAUUCAACAAAAUCGAUGCAAAUCCAUGUCAUAGCCACAGCUGGUGACCAGUAAUACUAAUUUAUUUUCAUAUACUAUGUAGUAUGUAUGGAGUGUUUGACUUGAAAAUAUUUAUUUAAAAGCAAAAAUGUGAAAACAAUUUGUAUUAUUGUUAAUCAUUAACAUUUAAAAUUCAUAUGAAAAAAAAAAACGUAAAAUAUUCUAAUUAUAAUUUUUAUUAAAUAUAUUUAUAAUCUAUCUAAAUAUACCCAAAAGAAAGUGAUUAUAGUAA